AGUCAACAGGCACCUGCAUUGGCCGUGGACGGUUUCGGAUGCGGCUGUCCUCCUUCCACCGAUUGACACUCGCACGUCCUUCUUCGACGAUCUCGCACGCUUAUCGACGAGGGUUAUCGCACCGUAUUCCGGAGGGGAAGCUGCCCUAUCUCGGCCUCCCGUUCAGGGGAAGAUCCUAUGUGGCGCGGAUAAUAGAGCGUGGCAGUCGCGUCGCAGCGAGAAGCUGAACAUUAUUUCGAUGUCGUCCUGCUGCGGAGUUGGGCGUGUCACGAUGCGUGCUGUCUGUAUGGUCGUGAUCUGCACUUUCCUGCAAGCAGUUGCGGGACAACGUACUCCGACGAUAUCCUACAUAACGCAGCUACAAAUCAAGGACAUCGGUGAGACCGUGGAGCUACAAUGUUCAGUCCAAUACGCACAGGACUACCCUAUCCUGUGGAACAAGGUGAACAAGCUAACGGACCAGGUGGCAAUCUCGUCGGGCACCGGUUUGCUAAUCAGAGACAGUAGAUUUUCUCUCAAGCACGACCCAGCGUCUUCUACUUACAUUCUGCAAAUAAAAGAUAUACAGGAGACAGACGCCGGAUUUUAUCAGUGCAGAGUUCAGUUGUCCAUCAAUAAUAUGGAGAACGCGGAAGUGGAAUUGCAAGUACGCAGACCACCAGUGAUCAGUGACAACUCUACCCAGUCGAUAGUGGCAGGCGAAGGCCAGCCUAUCCAAUUGGAAUGUUACGCCGGUGGAUUCCCGACGCCGAGGAUAUCCUGGCGCAGGGAGAACAAUGCCAUCUUGCCCACCGGAGGAUCGAUUUACCGCGGCAAUAUUCUGAAAGUACCCUCCAUAAGGAAAGAGGAUCGCGGAACAUAUUACUGUGUGGCCGAGAAUGGCGUCGGACGUGGUGCUAGGCGUAAUAUCAACGUGGAAGUCGAAUUCGCGCCCGUGAUCACUGCCCCGAGACCGCGGCUCGGACAAGCACUGCAGUACGACAUGGAUCUGGAGUGUCACGUCGAAGCGUACCCAGCUCCAGGCAUUAUUUGGCUAAAGGACGGUAUCCAGCUGUCCAACAAUCAGCAUUACAGCAUAUCGCACUUUGCGACGGGAGACGAAUACACCGACACGACGAUCCGCGUGAUUACCAUUGAAAAGCGGCAGUACGGCGAAUACGUAUGCCGGGCGACCAAUAAAAUAGGCGCUAGCGAGACGACAAUCGAGCUUUUCGAAACCAUUAUCCCUGUUUGCCCACCAGCUUGUGGCCAAGCUCAUUACGGAACUGGUGUAGUUCCAGCUUCCUCAGGACUUUUGGUAGCCCUAGUUUUAAUAGUUACAGUCAUAACGAGAAAUUUCUACGCCAAAUAUUAACUAUCCGGGCCUCCAGUGGGCGGCCACAAGUCGAUGCGUGCUCGCAAAAUGGCUCUUACCAAUCAGCAACAUAUUUGUUAUCGUUUUCGCGAUACUGUAAAACCACAAGCUAGUUUCUGAGGAGCUCAAUUGGCGCAUUAACUAAUCAACCACUAAUAUUCAUAUCAUUAUAAUUACUUUCAUAAUCAUUUACGAACUAAAAACGUUUUAUCGCCAAUGCAAAAUGCACUUUUCACGAUGGACAUAUAAUCCUCACUGCUACGCAAGUUGUUAACUACAUUGAUUUGAUAUCAUUUACAUUCCGUUCCGCUCAUCGCAGCUCUUUUCUACAGUAUAUAUACUUGGAUCAUGGAAUCUUGAUUUUUUUAUAUAUGUAUAUAUGCAUUUUUUAAUGUAUAUAUACAUGCAGUUUAUACAUAUAUGAACAUGUAGUACAACUCGUAGAAUCUCUAUAUUAUUUUGUUAUAUAGUGUUCUCUCGAAUUUUUGCGACUGAUUUCUCUCUAUGCGAUAUCACGCACAGAGAUGUCCUUUACGAAUUGUUUACAACGAAAUUGUAACAUUAUUUGAGGAAUAUUAAACGCUCGAAAUCGAGGGUUUAUUUAAUGGAAUAUUAAAGGAAGGGAAAAAAAAGGCGUAUCUGAUCUGAUUUCUUAUUCAUCAGACGUGUUAACUCUGUACUUGUUGAUACAUCUUACUCAUCUUAAUCGUUAGAAAAUAGAAUUCAUACGGCUUAUAUUUAUGAACUUAGGGGCCAACAGUAUGUAACCAAAAUGUUGGCAAGGUACAAACUAACAUUCCAGUACACACUUACGAGCGACCAUGUAACCAUGUGUUACGUAGUACCAUGUAACUCUAUAUAUAGCGUAAUGGAGAUCUAUCGACUUGACGAGUGACGGAGAAGCCAAAAAUAAUCACAUUACGAUACAUACUAUGUGUAAUCCCAUAGUUUAUUAUUAUGAUAGUCGCAAAUCGACAAUACAGGUUAUGUUAAUAUCAUAAUAGAAACCGGAAACCUGACAGUAGAAUUACCACAAUAUCCCCAUAACGAAAUAGCUCGAUAUGUCAUGAACAAAGAAAAUAAUGUUGAUAUUAGUGCCUUGUUCGUGAUAUAAAGUAGAGGUAAAAUUAUGAAUAUAUAGCCGUAGAAAUCAUGUUACUAGUGCGUAUUUGAAUAGGAUCGUAUAGGUUUAUUCGUACGUUUUAUUAAAUACACUUCUUUACUUACUGCA